ACUCAGCCACUGUUUUAUCAGAGAAGAGAAGGAGAAGUUGUCAGAGGCUGCGUGUCCAUUUCUCUUCACAACACCAACAGGCAUGGUGGCAGACGUGGAGAGGAUCAUUGAGAGCGUCAUCCAAGGAGACCAGGACUCUGUCCAGCUCCUACUGGACAGCUACAAUACCCAGUAUGCAGAGUGCUUUUUUUUCAACACUGAGGUGCAGGAAAGAAAAAAGCAACGACAACUGGAUGAGUUCAGGGAGAACAAAGUGAGGGACUGUGCUCCCAACUCUGAUUCUGACAUUGACUCAGAGGACGAUGAACCUGAACUUCUUCUCCGACAGCGCCUGGCCACAGCCCUGCUGUGCUUCAUCAGUGGUCGGCUACAGCCAGCAGUGUUACGGGUUUGCCUGCACACACUGCGUAUCCUGUCCCGUGACCGGCGGGCCCUCGGGCCCAUGGUCACUGAUAGCGCCCUUUUCACCUUGGCACACCUGGGAGGCAUCAGCUCACUGCAGGCAUGUCCAAAGCAAGAGGAGGAGGAGGAAAUACCUGAGGAUCAGUCGGCCGGAACACACGGAAGAGCAGCAAGUAGCUGUGAGGAGGCUGCGGAUGCUAAAGCGGUAUCUGUUAGCCCUGUGGUUUCAUUUUCUUUCACUCCUGUGGAGGUAGACGGUGCGGACACAACAAAUGGCUCAGUUCAUCACUGCUAUACGUGGAGAGGUGAUGAUGGAGGUCAUGUGGUGCUCGCCCGUGGGAAGAAGGACACCCGGGAAGAGAACAGUGAGGAGGAGGAGAAGGAGGAAGAUGGGGAGGUGUGUAGGAAGGAGGCCGUGAAAGUCUUGUGUAAUGUCAUCUACAACAGUCCCAGGGCACAGGAGAGGGCCAGCGCACUAAGGCUUCUGCACAGUCUCUGGGUGAGUCUGAAGCAGGCGAUCGGCAGCAGGGUGCCGUCCAGUGGCCAGUUUUACAAGCUGAGACUGCUCUUCUUACUGACGGCUCUGAGGCCUGAGCUCAGGCUGCAGCUACAGCAGGAGCGUGGAGUGUCGGUGCUGACCAAAGCCCUCGAGCAGUGCCUGGCAGUGAGGAUGGGUGAAGGAUAUGAGGUGCUUAGUGACAGCGCAACUCCUCCCAUCUCCAAGGAGAUGUCCCAGGAGGUCAUUGAGAUCCUCAAGACGCUCUUCAACAUCGCUCACAGGUUCUACAGGCAGGAGCCAGAUGAGGAGGAGGCAGCUCUAUAUCGUCACCUGGCAGCCGUGCUGCGCCACUGUCUGCUGCUGUCAUGUGACGGAGAAGACACGUUGGAGGAACUCCAAGGACAUACAGUAAACAUCCUGUCAGCACUGCCGCUGACCUGUCUGGACGUCCUGCUGUCUGUUCGUGUGGACCAGGCGUCCCAUAAAUGGGAGGGAGUCAACAUGGACUGUGUCCACACGUUGCUGAUGUUUAUGGACAGACGCCUGAACAAGGGUCUGAGGCUGAAGGAGAAACUCAUACCUGUGCUGAAUCUGCUGACUGAGAGUUCUCGGGUACACAGGGAGACGCGUCACUACUUGCGGCAAAAGAUCUUACCUCCACUGAGGGACGUUGCCAUCCGACCUGAGCAGGACACCAAGCUGAGAGGCGAGCUGGUCCGCCUGAUGACCCACGUCGACACAGACGUGAAGCACUGUGCUGCUGAGCUGCUCUUCGUGCUCUGCAAGGAGAAUGUCAGACGCUUUGUCAAAUAUACGGGUUACGGCAACGCCGCUGGGCUGCUGGCAGCUCGAGGACUGCUGACCGGCAGAAGGAAUUCAGGCGAACGCAAGUAUGCUUCCCACUACUCCAGCAACUCAGACUCAGACACAGAAGAGUACCGGGAGGCCAAAGCCAGGAUUAACCUGGUGACUGGCCGGGUGGAGGCGGAGCAGCCUGACCCGAUGGAGGGCAUGACGGAGGAAGAGAAGGAGCAGGAGGCCCGCAACCUCAUCGGCAUGAUCAACAGACUGUCACGAGACCAGAUCAUUCAGCCGAUGGGGGUGACAGCAGAGGGGAGACUGGCUCCACUCUGGGGUCAGAUGAGGCGCAGCUCACUGGCAGAAGAAGAAGAAGAAGAAGAAGAAGAAGAAGAAGAACAAGAAGAAGAAGAAGAAGAAGAAGAAGAAGAAGAAGAAUCAGAGGAGGAUGUGGAUCUGAUGCCAGAGGGGAGGAAGGACAACCAGAUGGAAUAGAAAGCUGUACACUGGGAACAGUAGACAGGCAGGGAGUGAAAAGCUGUCUUCUUUCACCACUUGUUUGUAGUGUAAUUUAUUUUUCCUGCUAUAUUUAUAGAACAAUAGUGUAUACACUGUUAGUGUGCUGCACCAAAAGUUCAAAAUACUUUGAAUGCAACCAAGCACUGACCUUUUUAUAGAUCAGCCAACGUCUGCAGCCUACUGUAAAAUACAGUAAAAGAAUACAUUUUAUUUAUUAAUUUAUUAAUUUAUGUUUUGAAGAUUAAUGUCAAAGAGAGAGGCGAACCUAUGAGACACGUAUGUGAAGGAGUGGGAGUGGGAAAGGGGGACAGGCUGAGACAGUGAAGAUGAGAAAAAUUGAUUAGUAUUUGAUCAAUGAGCACCUUUGUAAAGUAAUUUAUGUUUGUAUACUGUGUUAAUGAAUGAAUGUGGAUUCACAGAAAAAAAACAUGUUUAAGAAGUUAAAAGCUUGUAGAUUUUUUUUUCUCAUGCAAAAGCAAAUAAA